GGUUAAAAUAAAAUAAGGAUGUAUGAUGAUCAAAAACAUGUUAAUUGAGAAAUAUCCUAAAUUCUGAAUGUCUGAAUUCAUUUGUUGCUUAAAUAUACUAUAGAAACUCUCAGCUAUACACGAAGUUGCAUUUUUGACCCAUGUUGCGAAUUAGAAAGGGUUAAACAUGGCAAUGACCCAAAGCUUACAGCCAAAACAGCACUGGAGAGGCUCUUAGAGACUCUCCAGUGAAUAUAUUUACAUGGACAACAAAGCUCAUACUUAAACCCCAUCAGUGAAGAAACCUGAAGAUGGCAGUGCACAGAUAAUUGCCAACUGAUUUGACUGAUCCUGAGAGGAUCUGCCCCAAAUAAUGGGUUAAACUUCCCUUUUUCUGGUCUGAAAGUCCAACAAGUCCAGCAGAUAUAAUGGCAAAAAGCUCUCUACAAAGUAUUUAAAUUAAAACUCUGAUACGUUACUGAAUCUACUGUUUUUUAAAUAUAUAUUAACUAAGCUUUGUAUCUAAAAUUGAAUAAAAAUAAGUUGAAUAUCAUUUUAAAUGCAAGUUAAACUUUUAAAAUUGGAAUUGAUUAGAAACAAACACAUAAAACUGGAUAAGAGGGAGGAUCAGGAGGCUCAGAAUAAGAUGGGAGGAACUUGAAUGGAAGGCUUGAAGAUCAAAAAGGUGACGGAAAAACAAAUCAGUAGGAAAAUGAGAAACAAAAAGAAAAACAGAAUAAAAAAAAGAUGGAAUAAAGAAAAAGAUAAGAAUAGCAUUUAAGCAAUUGAAACUAAAAGUCCGGACCAUGUACCUAACCAUGUAUCCACUGCACCUCAAUUUUUCCUUUUUGCCAUGCUUCUUUUUCUUUAUUUUAAUUGUUUAAUGGAUGACAAUAGAAUGCUUUGACUUCCUGCAAUUAAUACAAAAAUCCUAAACAUCCUAAAAAACAAACCCAAUUAAGAUUGAGAUUAAUCCAAGCCAAGACAACGUCUUUUAAAGUAAAAAAUAAUAAGAAUAAAAGAACUUUAUAGUUAAAGUUGGAGAAUAGUUAGUAUAUUUAUGUCAAUGUUUCAGAACAAUGAAUGUAUUUAAUAGAUAUUGAUUUUUCCCCAUGAUUUAAAACAAUGUGUCCUCUAUGCCAUGUGUGCAGCUGUUGUGUUCCUGUGUGUUUGUUCAUUUGCAUUUAUUCACGCCAUGCAAAUGAUCAUCAUUGACUCAAUGACCGCAGAGAUGUACAGUAUCUUAUCUUGCCGCACACAACCUAUCAGAAGAGACGCACUAGGUGAGUCAUGAGGUCAGCACUGCAUUGUCUCCUGCUGUUCUCAGCUCUGUGGACUCUCUCCUUCUGUGGAACUCCUCAGUUUUAUGUGGUGAACUACAAAUUGAACUGGACUGAAGCUCAGAAAUACUGCAGAGAGAGCUUCACUGACUUGGCAACCACUGAGAACCAGGAGGAAAUGGAUGCUGUAAAAGCUGCUCUCAACGGUAAAACAGGCCAUUUCUGGAUCGGAGUGAGACAGCAACCUGGACUGAGCAUCAUUAACUGGAUCUGGUCAGAUGGGAGGGGGAACUCUUCAUACAGAAACUGGUACCCUGGACAACCAAGCAACCCUGUGGGUGAUAGCUGCGUGCAGUUAUGGAGUGAAUAUGGAUUCCAGUGGAAUGAUGUGUCCUGCCAUUGGCCAGAUGCAUUUGUCUGCUAUGAUGAGAUUCCACUCGUCCUGAUUAAACAGAACAAGACGUGGAGAGAAGCUCUGAGAUACUGCAGAAAGAAUCAUGUGGACCUGGUCUCUGUUGAGAAUGAAACAGUUCAGAACUGGGUGGAGAUUAUUGCUAAAAAUGCCUCCACUGAUAAUGUGUGGGUGGGUCUGCGUCACACCUGCACCAUGGGGUUCUGGUUCUGGGUGAGUGGAAACUCCAUCUGCUACCAGAACUGGGCUCCAGGAAAUGGAACAGGAGUGGAGGACUGCAGUAAAGGAGAAAGAACAGGAGGUGUUCAGACUGGAAGUAUGAAGUGGAUCAGUCUGCUUGAGUACAAGAACCUCAACUUCAUCUGUUCCACCAACUAGAACAGAUCUAAUGUUUACAUUUGUGUCAACAGCUAUGCAGAGUUAGAGUCAUAGACGAACAUUGUUCAAAACUUUACAUGAAAAAUUACAAUUCUACCAGUAAACCCUUAACCUUAACUACUUAAACUAUUUGAUAAGAAUCCAUAUCUGAUGUACAAGUCUUGUACAGGGGUUGGACAAUAAAACUGAAACACCUGGUUUUAGAGCACGAUAAUUUAUUGUGGCAAUGGACAGUUCUGGUGGAAACAGGAGA